AUGAGAAGGCUUCACGGUCAGGCAAUUCCGCAUCAAGAGGACGCAGUGACCAGACUUGUCUCCACCUGCCCCAUUGAACCGGGCAGAUAUACCUUGGAGUCUGGAAAAAGCACGGGCUACUCCUACAAGAAGUUGGAAAUGAAGCUGCACGUUGAUGGCAAGUGUGUCUACAAAGAAGAAUCCAAAAGCAGUUUGCUCCGGGCGGUGCCGAACGCCACGGUUUGGAAAGUAGAGUCCGACCUGCUCGUGCUGGACUCUCUGAAACCGACAACGCCUGGCUUUGUUCUGCGGGAAUCGCGCGGCAACAAGAGCUUGGAGAGGAAGGUGUACCGCGUAGAGAUGCCCGUCUCAUUUGUUCGCGGAAGCUGCAAGUUCACACCCUUCGAGCAGCAGAAGAGGCCUUUCCUCGGGCAUCAGCCGCACGACACCUCCACCCUCAUCUUCGGCGUUGUGGAUCCAGAGUCUCCGGCUUUGCGGGGCCUUCGCUGCCGACCUGAUCGAUUGCCUUAUCACGCUUUCGAGCGCGAGCUGCGGUCACAAGGACUCCCCGUGGACGAGAUUCUGACUGAUUUUCAUUUUGUGGACCGAGAUGCCGAUGGUUUGGUGUCCGUCGAAGACAUGCGCCGUUUGGAGACCUAUGGCAACCCAGCCGCAGCUCCCGAAGUCCUGGAGGAGCUUCGUGAGGCACUGGUGAAGAACUUCGCAACUUUGGCGAAUGCUUUCGAAGUGCUGAGUGCCAUGGCUGGUGCCGGACGCGUUACGACGGCAGAGUUUCAGCGCUUCUUCGAGAAGAUUGCAGAGGCUAGCAACCAGGGAGAAGUGCCUCGAUUUGCUGGCCGGCCGUUGCUUGCGCAAGGUGAACGGAGCCAAUCUUUGAAGGACUGGGUAGGCAACACUGACCCGGAUGCUCGUGCCGCUGUCUUUGCCACGCUCUGCCCCGGAGACGGUGAGGCAAUAGAGCUGGCAGACUUCUUGAGCUUGAAUUUACACACCGCCGUGCUUGCUCUGCGAAGAUUGGAGCAUUUCCAGCAUUGGAUCUUUGAGGGGUUCGGCCGAAGCAGCGAGGUUUUCCGCAAAGUAUUCAAGGCCUUGGGUCCACCUGAAGGGAAAGGCUUGAGCCGCAAGGCAUUUGCCGAAGGCACCAAAGCAUUGGGAUAUCCUGGUGCGGAUGGUCGCGUCAUCCGGUCAGUGUUCUCGCUGCUGGAUCGCAACUUUGAUGGUGAGAUCUCCGCCCGCGAAUUCCUGAAGCUCCUGGAGUUUCGUGGCGAGGAUGUCUUGCGGAACUUGGAGGCCUUGAAGCGCUUUGUGGACACGAUGCUUGGUGGUAUCGAUGCAUGUUUUGCGAAAUUUGUGGAGCGCGAGCGUGCUCUGCAGGGUUUGCCUGCCUCGCCGAAAACUGCCAGCUAUGAAGCCUUCCAGAGGACCUGUGUGCAGGCUGGGUUCAGCAAGGUCGCGCCCAAGGCAGACCUGAAGAUGCUGUUUCUAUUCCUGCAUGAGAUGCCCGGGCGGCAAGCAACAGGCUACUUGAGCUUCAGCGAGUGGUCGCUGCUCAAGGGGUUCCAGUCCAAAGCCAUUGCCGGCAGUCCCGCACGUCUCCGACGCAUCAUCGAGGAGGUAUAUGGAAAUGUUGAUGAAGCUUUCCAGCGCAUGCACACAGCUUGGUUGCGAAGGGCUUUGGCCAAAGGAUUGAAACAGACCGCCCUGGCUGGACUCAUGCAUUGCGUUCUUACGCCGAAGCCGAGCCUGGAGCGAGCGCCGAGCAGAGCUGCAGGCAGCUCCUUCCUGGCCGACAGCACGCGUCCCGGCUCUCGCAUGAAUAACUGCAGAUGA